AUGUCGGCGAUCUACAAUCUCGAACCGCAGCCCACCGCCUCAGUCAUCAUCCACACCACUCGAGGCGAACUCUCCGUCGAGCUAUUCGCCAAACAAACACCGUUAACAUGUCGCAACUUCUUACAACUAGCCCUCGACGGCUACUACGAUAACACGAUAUUCCAUCGAUUGGUCCCUGGCUUCAUCUUGCAGGGCGGAGAUCCUACAGGCACUGGCAAUGGAGGAGAGUCUAUAUACGAUGGAGGCGCAUUCAGCCGCGACUUGGACCCGUGGCCCAUGGACCAGCGCCUGGGCAAGAAUGCAGGUCCAACAGGAAUCAAUUUUAAGGACGAAUUUCAUUCGCGCCUCAAGUUCAAUCGCCGAGGUCUGUUGGGCUCAGCCAACGAGUCACGUCCAGACACGAAUGGCAGUCAAUUCUUUUUUACACUGGAUAAAGCCGAAGAGCUCAAUGGGAAGAACACAAUGUUUGGACGAAUUGCCGGCGAUACUAUUUAUAACCUGGCGAAAAUGGGUGAGGGGGAAGUGGAUGAAACGACAGAACGUCCGUCCUACCCCGUCAAGAUUGAGCGGAUAGAGAUCGUGGUCAAUCCCUUCGACGACAUGAAGAAGCGAUCCCGAGUGGCUGCUAUCCAAGUGCCUUCCAAAACAGCGACAAACAAGGACAAGAAGAAGAAGCGAAAAGGCGGUAAACAACUACUCAGCUUUGGCGAUGAGGAGGGCGACGACGAAAUGCCAGUGCUCAAGAAGAAAAAGUUCGACACGAGAAUUGUUAUGGAAGAUCAGGAAGAAGAGGAAGCCCCCAAGAAAGCAACCAAGCCAAAAUCCAAGAAGGAACCUGUACCCAACAAGAGAUCACCAAUGGCAGAAACCAAAAGCAAAGAACCAAGGAAAUCCACUUCUGAAGAGCUACCCCAGGAGGUUCAUCGAAGAUCCAGCCCGGUUAUGAAAAGGGAAUUGGAGGACGAAUCACCCGAGCCGGAGGUCCCCCGUAUGACCGCAUUGGAGCGAGCCAACGCCGAGAUGGCCGCGCUGAAAGCAUCCAUGCGACGGACGGUUCACUCAGAAGAGCCUGUGAAGGAGAAGAAGUCUGCAUUAGAAUCCAUGAUCCCUGAAACAUCAAUCAAGGCCCGGAAACGAAGGCCCGGAGCUGCUAAUACAUCAGCAAAUGAGGAUUCCAAGACCCUCAACAUGCUCAAGGCGUUUCAGUCAAGGUUGGAAAAGGCCCCUCCGGAGAAAGAAAAGGAGCAUUCAGCCCGGGAAGCUACCAAGGAAGAUGGAGACGCACAGGCCCUGGACGAGGAAGCUGAGCUAUGCGACCUACACUUUAUUGCCAAUUGCCAGAGCUGCACAUCCUGGGAUAAACAGGGGAAGGAUGAUAGUGAUGACGAAGGAUGGAUGUCACAUUCUCUAAGCUUUGCAGCGGACAAGCUGGGUAAGGACCUGAGAAAUCGCAAGAAGGCAGAGGAGGAGCUUGUGGUGAUUGAUCCGCGCGAAAAGGCUAGGACUCUCCAGGAUGAGAAGAAGGCUGCAAGGGAUGCCCGGCAAGGGAACUCUGGAAGAGCGUGGGACCAAGCAAGAGACGCAGCCAGGAAUGCCAAGAUGGCUCAGGCUGCCUCGCUUGCAGGACGAGGAGCAAAGUAA